UCUGGCAACCCGCGUGGACUAUAAAUACGCUCUGCAGUGGCGCUCCAUGAGUGGGUCGCGUUAAACACAGCAGCUUCUCCAAGCAGCCAGGGAACUCUAAUACUACACAAUGGCACCUAGGAAAGUCUGUCUGAUCGGUUCUGGCAACUGGGGUUCUGCCAUCGCCAAGAUCGUGGGCAGCAACACUGCCAAGUAUGCAACAUUUGAAGACACUGUGAACAUGUGGGUGUUCGAAGAAAUGGUGAAUGGACGCAAACUCACGGAAAUUAUCAAUACUGAGCACGAGAAUGUCAAAUACCUGCCAGGACACAAGCUGCCUCCUAAUGUGGUGGCUGUUCCAGAUCUGUUAGAAGCCGUAAAAGGGGCGGACAUUCUUAUCUUUGUAAUCCCACACCAGUUUAUAAAGAGAACUUGCGAAACAAUCAAAGGUCACAUCAAGCCAGAUGCAGUGGGGAUGUCUCUGAUCAAGGGUGUUGAUGAGGGUCCUGAUGGGCUGAAGCUAAUUUCUGACGUAAUCAACGAGAAGCUGGGUAUCACUAUGUCUGUGUUAAUGGGAGCCAACCUGGCCAAUGAGGUGGCUGAGGGCAAAUUCUGUGAGACUACAAUCGGCUGCAAAAGCAAAGAACACGGGUCAUUGCUGAAAGAACUCAUGCAAACAACGAACUUCCGUGUUACUGUUGUGGAAGAGGCGGAUGUUGUUGAGAUUUGUGGCGCAUUAAAGAAUAUUGUGGCCGUUGGUGCAGGUUUCUGCGACGGCCUUGGUUUCGGCGAUAACACCAAGGCGGCAGUAAUCCGGUUGGGUCUGAUGGAGAUGAUUGCAUUCGCCCGGAUCUUCUGCACAGCCAGUACUGUCUCCCCUGCCACCUUCCUGGAGAGUUGCGGUGUCGCUGACCUCAUCACCACCUGCUAUGGAGGACGCAACCGUAAAAUUGGUGAGGCUUUUGCCAAAACCGGCAAGUCGAUUGAAGAGCUGGAGAAGGAGAUGCUAAAUGGGCAGAAGCUUCAGGGUCCAGCCACUGCAGCUGAAGUUAACCACAUUCUUCAGCUCAAAAACAUGGUGGACAAAUUUCCUCUGUUCAACGCAGUCUAUCAGAUCUGCUUCCAGGGGCAUCCAGUAAAGGAGUUCAUCAACUGCUUGCAGAAUCACCCAGAACACAUGUAACUUAUUGACCAAUCUGUAGCACAAUAGGGUUAUUCUAGCUAAAAAGCUACUACUAAUCCAGUCAAGGAAAUGGGGCUAAUUUCACUGUGCCUAUAUUUCUUAUUGAGGGAAGAAGAAUUUGAACUAGGGCUGGGAUGUUCUUACCAUGCUUUAUUUCAAAAAGCCACACCUUUAAAAAGCCUUACAUCAACAUUCUACCACGUCUGUGAUAACGUUAUCCCUGAUGGUAAAGACGCCAUAUUUUAACUUAACCUAAGAAUGAAUGUUUUUUUUGUAAAUGUGUCCAUGUUGCUGCUUAAGUAAAUAGGCUGACUUGUAGGACUGGUCUGUGUGCUAGGAAAAUCCAAAAAAAUGCAGAUUAAAAGUGCCUUAACUUGUUUUUCUCUGAAUAAUCACCCUGUCCAGACGUUCUGUUUUCUUUUCAAUAGAAAACUCCCAAAUAACUGUACACACUGACAAUCUGUAUGACUCCAAACAUGAAAUUUGAAAUAAAUAAUUGAAACUGAA